GCCGGCCGGGCGCUGCUCGCCAAGAUGGCGGACGAGGAGGGCGAGGGGCUGCCGCGCUCGGCGGCGGGGCCGCAGCGCAACGGCGGCGGCGAGGGGGCGCCGGGGGGGCCGGGGGGGCCGCGGGUGGUGCGCAUCGUCAAGUCCGAGUCCGGCUACGGCUUCAACGUGCGCGGCCAAGUGAGCGAGGGCGGCCAGCUGCGGAGCAUCAACGGCGAGCUGUACGCGCCGCUGCAGCACGUCAGCGCCGUGCUGGGCGGGGGGGCCGCCGACCGCGCCGGGGUCCGCAAGGGCGACCGCAUCCUGGAGGUGAACGGGGUGAACGUUGAGGGAGCGACCCACAAACAAGUGGUGGACCUGAUCCGCGCCGGGGAGAAGGAGCUGAUCCUGACGGUGCUGUCGGUGCCUCCCCACGAGGCCGAUAACCUCGACCCCAGCGAUGACUCCUUGGGGCAGUCGUUCUACGACUACACGGAAAAGCAGGCGGUGCCCAUCUCCAUCCCCACCUACAAGCACGUGGAGCAGAACGGCGAGAAGUUCGUGGUGUACAACGUGUACAUGGCGGGCCGCCAGCUCUGCUCCAAGCGGUACCGCGAGUUUGCCAUCCUGCACCAGAACCUGAAACGGGAAUUCGCCAACUUCACCUUCCCGCGGCUGCCGGGGAAGUGGCCGUUCUCCCUGUCGGAGCAGCAGCUGGAUACCCGGCGGCGAGGGCUGGAGGAGUACCUGGAGAAAGUGUGCUCGAUACGCGUCAUCGGCGAGAGCGACAUCAUGCAGGAGUUCCUGUCGGAGUCGGACGAGAAUUACAAUGGUGUCUCAGACGUGGAGCUCAGGGUAGCACUACCAGAUAUAACAACAGUGACAGUCAGAGUCAAAAAGAACAGCACUACAGAUCAGGUGUACCAGGCCGUGGCUGCUAAAGUUGGAAUGGACAGUAUUACCGCAAACUACUUCGCCUUGUUCGAAGUGAUCAAUCACUCCUUUGUGCGCAAGCUGGCGCCCAACGAAUUCCCCCACAAACUCUACGUGCAGAACUACACCUCGGCAGUGCCGGGAACAUGCCUGACCAUCCGGAAAUGGCUUUUCACUACAGAGGAGGAGGUUCUUCUCAACGACAAUGACUUGGCAGUCACCUACUUCUUCCAUCAGGCUGUCGAUGAUGUCAAGAAAGGCUACAUCAAAGCAGAGGAGAAGUCCUACCAGUUACAGAAGCUGUGUGAGCAGAGGAAGAUGGUCAUGUACCUGAACAUGCUGCGGACGUGCGAGGGUUACAACGAGAUCAUCUUCCCCCACUGCUCCUGUGACUCCCGGCGGAAGGGACAUGUCAUCACGGCCAUCAGCAUCAAGCACUUUAAACUCCACGCCUGCACCGAGGAGGGCCAGCUGGAGAACCAGGUCAUAGCGUUCGAAUGGGACGAAAUGCAGCGGUGGGACACGGACGAGGAGGGGAUGGCGUUUUGUUUCGAGUACGCACGCGGAGAGAAGAAACCCCGAUGGGUUAAAAUCUUCACCCCCUACUUCAACUACAUGCACGAGUGCUUCGAACGGGUUUUCUGCGAGCUCAAGUGGAGGAAGGAGGUGGAGGAGGAAGCAACAGACAAGGAUAACAAGAACUGCAGUAAAGACAAUAUGUGCAGCAAGAACAUCUUUCAGAUGGUCAGGUCACAGCAGAGGGACGCGGCCACUUAGCCCCUGGGCACGGAAGAACGUAACCCCCUCCCCCCCACACCCAAAAUUAACACUUACAAAUUCUGUUAUUGUAUUAAAGCCCUUAAACUAAAUAUUAUUAAUAAUAAUACCAUUUGUGAACUUCAUGUUUAUGGAAUUAAGCAGCGAGGAGAAGGGCAGGCUCGGCGGCGGCAAGGGGAAGGCGGUGGCGGCCGGCGCGAGCUCGCCCCGGGGUCUGUCUGCUCCUUUCCACCCGGGGCCGAUGCCAGGAGGCGGACUGGGCUCCUGUUUUAUACAACUGGAAACUGAGACAUCGUCCAUUUGCACUGUUCAGGCAUAUAUAUGUAUGUAUGUAAAAAAAAAAAGAAAAAAGAGAAAAAAAACUGCAAAGCUAUAUAUACAAAGGCCGUGCACGUAUAUACAUAUAUAUAUUUCUUUUAAGGUUUCAUACCAGUGGCAGUACCUUUUUUAAGCUUGCGUUUUUACACGCAUCUCCCCCCGAUUCAUUGUGUUGUUUUUUUAAAAACUAACUUUAGAGAAAAAAAAAAAAAAACAGAAAAAGGAAAAAAAAAAUCAAAACACAGCAACGUUACAGGGAAAUACCUCUCCUGGCACAAGGACCUCGGCACGUUUACAAGCUUCUGACUUCGCUUUUCCCCCACUGGAGGUUCCCCGCGGAGGCCGCUCGCCAUCACCCCUGGGCCCCCCCAGAGCAGGAGCCCCCCCGGGGUGAGCGUGGCAGCCUCAGGCCCUGCAUUCUCGGGGACCCCUCCUGGUCCUGAGGUCCCCGUGGCGGGGCAGUGGCACGAGAGCAGCAGCGAGGCCGCACGCGGGGAAUUAAUUAGCGCUCGCCGCUCUAAUGGGAUUUCUCGGCCGCUGUCCUCGGGCGCCCCGCGGGCCAGUCCCGGGCACUCAAAUUGUGCGAAUCGGGGGAUUUGCCACCAUUUUCAGUCCUUAAUUUCAAGGGGAGGGGGGGCCUGGAGCUCCCAGCCCGUUGGCCCAGGCUCCGUGCCGCACACAGCGCUUGGUGCGUUUCAGGGCGCUGCGUUUGGGGUUUUUGUUGUUUUUUUUUUUUUUUUUUUCUUUUUUCCUUAAGGAAACCGAAAGCGCCGCUCCGUGCCCGGCUAAGUAGGUCAGGAAGCGCCGCGGCUUUAAUCGCGCGGAGCCGGGCCCCCCCCCCCGGGCUCAGCAAUAAUCGGGGGGCUCGGGCACCCCCCGCCCAGCGCGCCCCCGGCUGCCCCCCCCCCCGCUGCCACGCACACAUCCUCUUUAAUUUAUUCGAGAGAACUCUAACGGUGUUUUCACUGCGGUAUCUUGUAUUUUUUAUUCGUGAUUCAGAAAUGUGAAGGAAAUAAACGACAAUAAAAAAAA